AUGGCAAGUGAUGUAACUGAGAAAUGGGCCUGCUCACAGUGUACCUACGCAAAUUUUCAAACAGCAAAAGCAUGUACGAUGUGUCGUACUCCACGACAUUCAGUUUUUAUUACCGAACCACCUUGUACUUCCAGUGCUGUUUGUGAUGGCGAAGAAACUAGAAAACGGUGGCCUUGUCCGGACUGCACAUACCUGAAUGUUGUGAAAUCUCGCCACUAUGAAUGCUCAAUCGAUCUCGAACAAGUUGAGAAGUUAGGAAAAGCACUGCAUAAGUGGGAUUGCUCGCAAUGUACUUACAAAAAUUGGCCUAACGUUAAGCACUGCACGAUGUGUGGUACACCAAAAGAUUAUGUUUCUGUGGGGAUUGGUAACGACAUCAUUGAUCAGGAUUUUCGUGGAGAAGGCGAUAUUGCAGCAUGCCGUCCUUCUAACAAGGAAGAAACUUAUGACCUUUCAAAACAUGCGGAAAAAACUGUGAAAGAUUUUGCUGAGGGAGGAAGUGAAGACCAUCAUGGAAUUGGAAAAGCAGCUAAUGUAAAUUUAAAUAAACGGAUUACCCUUCUCGAUAUCUACCUUUCUCAUCUAAAUAAAUCAGUUGAUACGGGUUGUGCAUCAUUUCUGGAAACAUGUGCUGAAAUUCUUCGAGAAAGCAGUGAUGCUGAAGCCAAGCUCAUUCAUUACAUUUAUCAUUAUGGCGAAGGCAAUCGAAGAAUCAGUGGCUUUGAGGCUAUGUUGUUGAACGAUGUUGACGAAGAGAAUGCAUUAACAGUUGUCAAUCGUUCAAUUAUUGAUAUCAUUCGAAACAAGAACAGCAGAAUUUUAGCAAGUGUUCCAAGAUUUUUCAUAGAUUCCUUAUCUUGCACAGUUGCAAUCCCAGGAUUAGCAAAUGAUGACUGUUCUGACGAAAUUCACAAGAAAAUACGCGAAAGUAUGUACGAAGAUUAUGAUAUGACGCGUGUCGCCAACAAUAAUGCCUUGUUCACUCUACCAAAUGCGAUUUAUGAUUUGCGACCAUGGGUAGUUUCCGGUGAAAAUAAUCUACGCGUCCUCAUGGAUCUCGACGAUCGUCAAGUUCUUGAUACGGUGUGUUGCAUGGAUGCACACUCUCUGGCAGGAUUAACAGGCUGUCAGACUUAUGCACCAGUAUUAUUGCGAAAUCGUGGAGGGGGGCACAGUCUUGUGGAUGCAGUUUCACAGGCAUUGUGGGGUGUAAUUGACAAAAGUAAUACACUUCGUGAUGCACUGUACCACACACUAUAUGCAAUGGAAACUAACUUUCGAGGUCGAUGGGCAACUUCUUUGAUGAAACUGGGACUAAAUUUUGAUAUUUGGAUGAUGCAACGUCACUGGUCAAAUAUCGUUGAAUGUAGUGACCCUGGAUUCCCAUUAGAACAGAUUCACAUACUCGUUUUGGCACAGGUAUUAAAUCGUCCAAUCAUUGUAUUCCCUAUUGAAUCGUCAAAAUUAAACCCAUUCCCCGCUCGAGAUGGACGUCCUGGUGGUUGGAAACAUCCGGUUGAAGGGUUUUACCCACAACUACCUGGUCUGAACAAUUACAGAUUAUGCCCACCUUUGUUACUUGGCUAUACCAAUGGAAAUUUUUAUGCACUUGUAUUACCUCCACGUCCUGUUGUUGGACGAGUAGAUACAGGUCGUCCAUCACGCAUUUAUCGCUACAUACGCUGUCCACCGUAUCCUCUUACGGAAUAUGUGCAGUUUGUGAUGGAUGCAAAAGAGGCAGAAGAUUUCAUUAAGGACAACAUUGUUGUUGAUGUGGAUUGUAACGGGCAACAAUGGAUUUAUCAUUCGACGUUUGGCUCACCUCAUGCAAAGAGUGAUUUGGGCUUUCUGCUGUGGAAAGAUUGGAUCAAAGCGCAUUUCCCAAAAAUAAUUCGCGAUGACUGUGAGGUACAGAAUGCGGUUACAGCUUCUGAAGAUAGUGCUUCAAAAGUGGGACGGAUUGGUGGCAAAUCAGCUUAA